AUGUCUCGCUCGUUGGCUCUUGUUAUCUAUUUCUUCGAUAUAUACAUAAAGUUAGAAGAUGCCCAUGGAGCCCACAACUACCACCCGCUUCCAGUGGUCUUAGCUCGUGGAGAGGGAUGUCAUGUUUGGGACGUCACAGGAAAGAGAUAUCUCGACUUCCUCUCCGCGUAUUCAGCCGUCAAUCAAGGCCAUUGCCAUCCUCGUAUCGUCGCUGCUCUCAUCCAGCAGGCUCAAAAGCUGGCUCUGACUAGUCGCGCUUUCCACAACGAGACACUCGCGUUGUUCACGAAGUUCAUAACUGACUUUUUCGGGUAUGAUAGAGUACUCCCUAUGAACAGUGGCGUUGAAGCUGGAGAGACUGCGUGCAAGCUAAUCAGAAGAUGGGGUUAUGAAGUGAAGAAGAUUCCCAAGGACAAGGCUGUAAUCGUUUUUGCUGAGGACAACUUUUGGGGACGUACCUUGGCGGCUUGCAGUGCCUCGACUGAUCCUGAUUGUUUCAAUAACUACGGACCAUUCAUUCCUGGAUUUGAAAUAGUACCGUAUAACGAUGUCGAUUCUUUGAAGAAGCUGCUGGAGAGCAACCCGAAUAUUGCAGGUUUUUAUGUUGAACCUAUUCAGGGCGAGGCCGGCGUUAACGUCCCAGAUGACACCUAUCUUCCUGCUGUGCGCGAGCUUUGUACGAAGCACAACGUGCUCCUGUGUUGUGAUGAGAUCCAGACUGGCCUUGCUCGCACUGGAAGAUUGCUGUGCUGCGACCACUGGGGUGUCCGCCCGGACCUUGUGGUUCUGGGGAAGGCAUUGAGCGGAGGCAUGUACCCCGUAUCUGCCGUCCUAUCGAAUGACGAGAUUAUGCUCACUAUCAAGCCGGGACAGCAUGGAUCAACUUACGGUGGUAAUCCGAUCGCUUGUCGUGUUGCAAUGGAGGCUCUUUCUGUUAUCAAGGACGAAGGUUUGGUUGAGAGAGCGGAUCGUUUAGGCGAAGUAUUCCGUGGUAAGCUCGAGGAAGGCAUCGGACACAUGAGCUGGGUUAAACAAAUUCGAGGUAAAGGGUUGCUCAAUGCUGUUGUAUGUGAUGACACUUUUCGCGACAAGGUUAAGGCUUGGGAUGUCUGUCUGGCCCUCCGCGAUGCUGGUCUCCUCGCCAAGCAAACCCAUGAUAACAUUAUAAGAUUCGCGCCGCCCUUGGUCAUCCCUGAGGACGCUUUGAGGCAGGCGUGCGAGAUCAUUAUUGAAGUGUUCAAGAGUUUUGAUGCGAAAGUUGUUGGAGCGUGAGUAACCUGCGAGUGUGAGUAACCAUGGAAUGUCACA